AUGAGUCAUUGGCCUGAUAUCGCUCCAUCUGGACGUGCUGGAACCGCAGUACUCCCUGUAUCUCUCUGUCUCGGUUGUAAAAGUGAGGAGCACGUCACCCCUACUUUGAUCUCGUCCUCCCAAUCAACCCGUAAUUGCUUCGCAUUCGAAUCAAAACCGCAAACAAAUCGUACCAAACCCUCGCUAGAGAUCUCGCUUCCGAGCAAAAGCAACGCCAAGUGGAUCCAAAUCGGCAAUCCAAAUGCGAGUCUCGAAACCAAAAAGCACUACAGAGGGGUCCGACGAAGGCCUUGGGGAAAGUACACGGCGGAGAUCCGAGACCCUAAUCGACGCGGCUCUCGUGUAUGGCUCGGGACCUUCGACACAGCUAUAGAAGCCGCCAAGGCCUACGACCAAGCCGCAUUCAAGCUCCGUGGUUCGAAAGCGAUCCUCAACUUCCCACUCGAGGUCGGGAACUCGGAUACAACCCCGGAGUUUGGCGAGAGAAAACGACGUCGUGAGGAGGAGGAAGUGAAGGUAGCGGUCGUCAAGAAGGAGAGGUCGACGGAAUCGAAGGAUACGACCGGUACUUCUUCCACGGAUGUCCCAUUAACGCCGUCUAGUUGGAAGGCGGUAUGGGACGGUGAUCUUCAAGGGAUUUUUAGCUAG